AUUGUUGCUCAUGGUACAAUGUAUGAGAGUGUUGGACCACACGAAACAAUUCAUACAGUUUUGCUUGGCCCGGACAAUGUACGUGUGUUUGUUGAUUUUGUGAUUGUCGAGGAUGCCCUUUUUCCUAUACCCAUCCCAGGAGAAGCAGCCACUGUAGGAGAGGCAUUGGGGUAUCAAUUGGCUUGGCAGAAAAAACUUAUAUUGGUUGAUUACGAGGGAAAUCUUGAAAUUGCUAGCAAUAAGGGAAAUCUUGGAAUUGUUGGCAAUAAGGGAAAUCUUGGAAUUGUUGGCAAUAAGGGAAAUCUUGGAAUUGCUGGCUGUAAGGGAGCCUCAAAAAAUCGUGAAGUGGUUGGCAAUGAGGCUACAUCAAAAAAUGUUGCUUGUGAAAAAAAUUUGGAGUCCAUUCGAUCGUUCGCUUCACUUGCCAAGCAUCUCUUACCCCUUAAAGCCAUAAAAAUGAAAGUCGAGAAGGAUUUACUUGGCGUGGAUGUUGAUUAUCAUCUACAAAAGGUAGACAUGGGGUACAUAUGUGAACUGAAAGAGCUAUCCAUUCAAUGCAUUGUGUUGUUUAUGGGCUAUCUGUAUGAAGUUAUGAAGGCCUCAAACAUGCAUAGAAGUUUUCUCUUUGUCAACCCAUAUCUUACAAGUGUAAAAAAUAAGCCCGGUGAUGACUCAGAUGAAGCAUUGCUUGCAUGUAGACUAGAGGAUGCAAAGUCCGCUGAAUUGGUUUUCGCUCCUUGUAAUAUUGGGGCCCAUUGGGUGUUGUUAGUCAUUGAAGUGUCUACUUCAACUGUAUACUAUCUUGAUUCAAUCAACAGUACAGUCCCUUUGAACAUUAGAAUCCUAAUUAGCACUGCAUUCAUAAUUUAUGAAGGAAACAAGGGAAAUAGGAGGAGAAGUCUACACUGGAAAGUAGUUCAGUGCCCAAAACAACUGAAAGAUGUAGAAUGCGGGUUCUACGUAAUGAUGUUCAUGCGAGACUUGAUUAGAGAUCGGGGCAUCUUGAGCAAAAAUAAUUUCAAUGGAAGGAACACAUAUACGAAAGCUGAAAUUGAUGAAGUGCGAGUCGAGUGGAUAAACUUCGUCAUGACAAAAUAUGAGCAGCAAUUCUUUUAAGCUACACGGAGUACCCCUUAUUACCUGAUACAUGAUGAGCAACACAACUUUUUGGAUUGAGGAAUACAGGCGAGCUGAUUCAUUUGAACGUACACUAGCUAGCAAGUCGUUAUUUAUUUGUAUUCCGUACAUUUUUAAUUAGCAAUUCGCUUUUGAAAGAUGACUGGGAACUUUGUGUACUAGAGAAUGAUUUUAUGUUUUAAUUAUUAAUAUAUAGACUUUUUUCUGUUAGUGGAUGAUUUUAUUUUUU